AUGUCGCCGCCUGAAACCCUCUCGCCACUGUGUGUCAGUGCUCGGCUGAGAGUGAGACGCGUCUGUCUGCACUCGCAGCUCCUCCCUCAUCUCUCACCAUCCGCCAUCGACCUGGAGGACUGGCACUCGCUCUGCGCCGGUGGCGGGCGAGGGCCUCUGCUUCUCUCUGCCGCUUUCUGCAUGCACGCUUAG